GUUAUCGCCGGUUUCUCCAUUCACGUAACACUCGAUAUAAACAGCAUCAACAACUCCAUCCAACUCAGACUGGACCGUAUCCUCCAGCUCGAAUCAGAAAUCGCCCGUCUCCAUACUGAAGUCCACUUUUCCAGACUCCUACUCCAGAAAUACGACUCUUUGCACGCGCCAAUCCGCCGCCUCCCACCAGAACUGCUCUUGUUAAUAUUCCGCGAGUUGGAGUUAGACGGCUUAUCGUUCAAAAAUAGGACACCACUCGUUCUCAUGGGUGUAUGUGCGUCAUGGCGUCACCUUGUUGCCAACGUGUCACGUACAUCAUCCCUGCUCGCUUUGACCCUCCAGUAUUCUAAGGCUGUGCCCUUGGAUAUCAUCCUGCAUUCUGGGGGGGAGAGCUCCCGUGUCGAAGGCCUAACAAAUCUACUGAAGCGGCAUUCCUCGAGAUGGCGCUCUCUUAACACCGAUGAUGGCGGGUUUAUCCCAGCGAAUCUCCCUGCACUGGAGACGCUCGUGUUACGUGAUUUCUCAACACUGUCGUCCUCUCUCCAGGCACCUUGCCUACGUACCCUUCGUAUUGGCGCAUUCCACGACAUACCUUUUAUCUCCUUCCCUUUCCUCCGCCAUCUAGAAUGCACCAUCGACCACUCUACCCAACUCAUCACUCUUCUCAAACACGCCAACCAGCUCACCUCUCUUCGAGUCCGCUAUCGACAGGGUUCCGUCAUCGAUGAGCAACCCAAUACAAGCAUAACCAGCAACCUGCUUCAGCUCGAUCUCCCUACCCAAAUACCCGAGACCCUCGCAUAUAUCUCCUUCCCUGCGCUUCACACGCUCAAGCUGGGUUGCAGAUCCCGUGAUCUUCGACUUGUCUAUAGCCCAAGCGAGAUCAAUAUACUGAACCAUCUCCAAUGUCCAGAUCUGGGCACGCUAGUCUUCCGGGAUGCCAUCCACAUCAUGUCAUUCGCCAGACUCCUCUCGUACCCCAUUACUCGCUUAAACCUAGUGGUAACCGACGAGAGCCUGUACGAUGCGCUGGGUUCGACGAUUCUUCCCUGUCUGGAAGACUUGCGUGUCACACACUGUGUGAAAGCGUUUGAGGGGUUGUUGAGGAUGGUUAGGAGGACGAAAGGGAAGGGGUUGAGGAAUUUGGAUGUCAGGCCGUGGUACUACGAGGAGAUAAGGAAGCUGUUUCAGGAGGAGAAUGUCCAUGGGUUGAGGACGAGGUUUCGUGCCAUGCCGUGUAGAGGCUGAUGAACGAUGGUUCGGCGUUCUCGCGGUUUCUUUUGUGACAUAUUGUUGUGCUAAGUAUUCGUGUUGCGACUCUCGAUGUGGAUAAUUAUUCCAUACUUCUAUUCAAGAAUCGUUUCAGAAUUCUCUGCAGGAAUCGGACAGCGUAAGCUUUACAUGAUGGAAUCGACACCUUGGCUGUUGGCUGUGUUUCUUGCUCUACCUACUACAUCGGCGCUUAACUGCGGUGCUAUCUUCA